CAGGCAUCCUAAUCAUGACACGCCUCCUCGACGCCAGCUUUCUGCUGCUGCCUGCUAUCGCAUCGACGCUAUUUGGCACCGCCUCUGCACAGAAUGCGACAUGCGCACUGAAGGGAAAGCCGGCAGGCAAAGUCUUGAUGGGAUAUUGGGAAAAUUGGGAUGGAGCAGCCAACGGUGUUCACCCUGGAUUUGGCUGGACACCGAUCGAAAACCCCAUCAUUAAACAGAAUGGCUACAAUGUGAUCAACGCCGCCUUCCCCGUUAUUCUGUCAGAUGGCACAGCAUUAUGGGAAAACGACAUGGCUCCUGACACUCAAGUCGCAACUCCAGCUGAAAUGUGUGAGGCUAAAGCAGCUGGUGCCACAAUUCUGCUGUCAAUUGGAGGUGCUACUGCUGGCAUAGAUCUCAGCUCCAGUGCAGUCGCUGACAAGUUCAUCGCCACCAUUGUACCAAUCUUGAAGCAGUACAAUUUUGACGGCAUUGAUAUAGACAUUGAGACGGGGUUGACCAACAGCGGCAAUAUCAACACACUUUCCACAUCCCAGACCAAUUUGAUUCGCAUCAUUGAUGGUGUUCUUGCUCAGAUGCCUUCCAACUUCGGCUUGACUAUGGCACCUGAGACAGCGUACGUUACAGGCGGUAGCAUCACGUAUGGCUCUAUUUGGGGAGCGUACCUACCUAUCAUCCAGAAAUAUGUUCAAAACGGCCGGCUGUGGUGGUUAAACAUGCAAUAUUACAACGGCGAUAUGUACGGUUGCUCUGGCGACUCUUACGCAGCUGGCACCGUCCAAGGAUUCAUCGCUCAGACUGAUUGCCUAAAUGCAGGACUUACCAUCCAAGGCACCACAAUCAAGGUUCCAUACGACAUGCAAGUACCAGGCCUACCUGCGCAAUCAGGAGCUGGAGGUGGCUAUAUGAAUCCAAGCUUGGUUGGACAAGCAUGGGAUCACUACAACGGUGCUCUGAAAGGCUUGAUGACGUGGUCAAUCAACUGGGAUGGAGCGGGUAACUGGACAUUUGGCGACAAUUUGCUCACUCGCAUUGGCUAGAAGAAGGUGAUGGGAGGAAGAUUAGGCGUUGAAGUCAAUAUAUUUCUUGACUUCAUGCCGGAGAUACACCAUCAAUUAGUCAUUGAUAUACCUUCCAGCAGUAUAUAGUUGGACUGACUAUUUAGUCUAUGUACAUAAAAAACUAGCUUGAUAUAGCCUUUAAUGAAUAUGGG